AUGAUUCAAGCUGCAUUUUUCGACUUCUGUGUGUUUUCAGAGCUCGAUAGAGCUCAUCUUUCUAGGCUCCCGGCCGCCAUACCACUAAAUAAACUGUUAACGGUAUUUCAAUGCUUGGCACCUGUUAGCACGUGCCAAAAACGUUUGGGAUCGAUCGAAGAAGCUGUAUCCGCAAGAAUCGGGGUAUCUCGAGCGACCCGUCAAAGUAGUGCGGAAGAGUCGUGCACCAUUUGCCAACUCUGGGACAUUUCGCAAACUUGA